AUGGUGAGCUACUACGAUAUGCUGGAAAUCCCCGAGGACGCGAGCAUGGACGACAUCAAGCGCGCCUACCGCAGACUAGCCCUUAAGUACCACCCAGACAAAGCGGGUCCAGGAAGCGAGGCGAAGUUCAAGGAAAUCAACACCGCCUACCAGAUCCUCUCAGAUCCAGAGAAGAAGGCCAUCUACGACAAGUACGGCGAAGCGGGUUUGACCGCAGUCGACAAUCCGGUGGCAAAUUAUGCCAUCCCUGCACUGGGUGCACUGAUGGUGGGCAUGAUCGUCUACGUCCUGCUCCUUAUUUGUGUGAUCAUGGUGAUCAUCUUCCUCGCCUUUUUGGCUGCCUACGUGGACGGCCACCUCAAUUCGUGGAACUACGUAAAAGUCUUCUCGCCGCUCUUUGUCUUGGACGUUUUCAUUGGUCUCGCCGCGUUGCUCAUGUUGCCCAUCGUCUUUUGCAUGCUGCACCGCCUCGACCUAGGCUGCUUCCUCCUGUGCUGUCUGUGUCUUGUCCUCUUGGACAUCCUCAUCCCCAUCUGCAAGGACAAAAAUGAGAAACGUGCCGCCGAGGGUCGCACCGACUUCCUCAAGUGGCGCGUGUGGCUCAUCCCAGGAUACUUCUUCUGCCUGUUCCUACUCAUUGGAGUCGUGACCGCGACGCUGCCGAUUCGGCGGCGUCGCUGGAAGGCAAAGGCAUUUGGUCUCUACCACCUCGCGCGCUACCUGCCGAUCGGCUUCGUGCUCUGCAUGAUUGAGGUGGCUGCUGUAGUGGUGUUUUUCGCCCUUGUGGCCUGUCGUGCAGAUGAAAUCAUCACGACGAAUUGGUUUGUCUGCAUCGGUCUUCCCAUCUUUGUCUGUGGUGGCCUUUUCCUCAUUGACAGCUUCCUGCGCCUGCUGCUGGGCAACAUCGUGUUCCGGCCAACAAAUGAGGCGACCAGCAGCAAAGAGGCAGUGACGCGACUGAGGCCCUGCGCACGCCAAGCGACGCCCACGGCCACACUCCCGAAGAACACCGGCGGCAACGAGAAUGCGGGGAGCGGUGCGGAGAAUCAUUUCACACCGGAGUCAGUGAACGGCCGCCGCGCUGCGGGGCACCAACCCCGGCGGCGCUGCCGCAGCGAGACGCACACAGAAAAUCCGGAAACCGAUAGAAACUCGAAUCACGACGGCAGCGGCAGCGGUUCUUUCGCCGCUGCCGCCGAUGACGAUGAGAACGCCGGCCCGCGCAACAAGAACGGCACGCACGGUCCGGAGACCUCCACCUGCCACGCCCGCGGCCGCAUCCUGCGCGAGACGAUCAUGCUCAUCCUUCUCGUCGGACUCGUGUUCGCGACGAUUGCCAUGGUGUGUGUGCGUUUAAAUCAUUACUUCAACACCCGCACAUACGACGGCGUCCCACCCUCGCCAAGGCGCUUGUUCCCCUGUACAUCCUUGUUGGCCUCUUCCUUCUCCUUCUCAUCGCGAUGCUAG